AAAACAGCAGCCAUGCAGCUUCUCCGCUCUUGCCUCCUCCUUGCGCUCGUCGCCUCCGCCUCCGCCUUCUCCGCCCCUACUCUCCCCCUCCGCGCCUCCGGACGCGCUGCGGUCUCCCAGCGCACUGUGAUGAGCUACUCCCCCGUUCCCUCCCCCGAGGGAACCAAGGAGACCUACUGGGAGACCAAGGCUCCCAGCAGCGAGGUUCUCGGCAUCGGCAAGAACCUUCCUUCCGGCUCCUUUGCCUCCGCCUCCGUCGUUGCUGCUCUCGUUGGAGGCUUCUGCACCAGCCAGUGCGUCCCCCUCACUGCUGACCCCAACCCUCUCUACAUCGCUGGCUCCUUGUUCCUCCCCUACUCCUGGGCCCUUCACGUCGCUGCUUGGAUCCAGAAGAACAACGGCAAGUAAACGUUGACGCGCGAUUUAUUGAGUCUCUUGAAGCUUGCAAUAAAAGAAGCUGAAGGCAUCGC